GAUUCAUGUAACGACUCGAUCUGUACACGUCGCGCCACCAUAAUCUGAGUCUGGCCAGAUACUUCAGAAUCUCUUUUGCAUCAAUAGCCAGAGUUGCCACCUGAUGGAUAAUGGCGUCAAUCUCUUCGUCGUCCUCUUCAAGUGAAGAAAUCUCCGUCCCCACGCCAUCAGCGACUGCCUCCGCUGUCUACACCAAAGCCAGCGAGAAUGUUUGUAUGUGGAAGCAGCAGAGUUCGGACGCGUGCGACUCGCCUCGGUCCUGCUACGAUUGUCUGAAUUCGUCUCCCUUCGACGGCGUCGAGUGUGUCAUCACCAGUGCGGGGUUGUGCACUACCAUGUCAGACUACGUAUGGCAAGAAGACUACCGCCUCAACAACAGCGACACCGCUCCACACUACUUCCCUUCUACCAACACAACCUACUGCGAGAGCAGCGACGCCGUGUGCGUCGAAUGCGCGGCGAAUCAGUUCAUCAAGUCUGCAUCAGGCUCGGUAGAGCCAUCCCAGUACUGCGUGGGGACGAAUGGCUGCGUGUGCGUGGGCUACUGCGAGUCACCAGUAUACGCAGCCAAAGUAUCGAACGCGUACUGCGCGACGCUGAGCUCCACGCCGAGUGUGAGCGUCAUGGGCGUCUCGGUGGGCGACAUCGUCACCAUCGUCAUCCUGUGCUUUACCAUUCCCGUGAUCGCGUAUUUGUGGUGGGUACGUCGCCUCCACAAGCGUCGGCAGGCACGGGAGGAAGCCUAUCGCAACCGACAGCCUGUGAACGGCCCGCUACUGCCUCUCGUGGGCUGGAAGAAAUACUGUGCCGAUCUUGCGGCGACUCAGGCAGCGAUUGUAGGGAUAGCUAAGGAUGAUGAGGUAACGACCCCCACCGCUGCAGUGGAGGCGGCCACUGCUGCAAACGACGUGCACAACGUCAUUGCGCCGUCGGCACCGCUCUCGAAUCUGCAGGUCGCGACGCUCUCGAUCGAGUUCGAGGACCCGCAACACCCGUUGACUGCGGUGACGAGCACUGGUCGACGUCGGUCGAGUCUUGAUAACACUAACGUGGUAAGACCACGACCGAGUCAGGCGAUUGUUAGGAGCGAAGAGGACAGCGACGACGAGGAGAUUGACGCGCGUUCGACGCCGUAUGCUCAGCUCGAUGAUCGUACAGCGUAGUGCAGUAAGAGUGAAGUUAAUAUGAGUACUUAGCUGUGUGAGAAUUGCAUUUGUAUGGUCGAGAAAGAGUGUCAUCCUUGAAAUGGAAGCGGGUCAGGCACCUGUACUUCGGACCUUGACACUC